GCGUCCUUCUACCGCAGAGAAAGUUGCACAGCAUCAUCCAGUCGGGCUUGAGUUAUUGGCGAGUAUGUAUCGUUUCGCGGUUCUGUCGUGGCUCGUGUUCGUUUUCUCUGUCGGUUUCAUUUUCUGCGACGAGAAUGAGAUGAUGAAGAAGGAGUGGAUUAACCACCAGCACCGGGUGUCCCACGUCGCAUUUCCUUGCGAGAAGCCCCAGAAGCGGACGGUGGACUUCAAGGAGCUCGUGGACAACGACACUUGGGCCGAGGUCGACGUCGAGGACGUUAAUGUCAUACCUCGUAGGACCGUCCUGCAAAGGUGCUUCUCGGCAGGAUCUUGUCGGGGAAAGCUCAGCUGCCUACCUUCGAAAACAGAAAACCGUCACCUCAUCUUCGCCAUUGAAACUAAUGGCAAACCAAUAAAAUUCAAGAACGUCACCGCCACCGAUCACAUAUCGUGUAUGUGCCAAGCGGACACAAACAUACCCAAGUGACUAGCCGAUGGGGUCUGUGACAAACAUUCCAUGCCAAAGCAAGAUGACGAGGCGCCCUCUGGUGGCGAACCCUUGACGGGAAAUGGUACGCCACCAUGCACGGCUAUCGCGAUCAGAAUCAAGUUGGCGGUCCUUGUUUCUCUUUUGUUUUCAUAGUUUUGAAUCUGUCCAUGCUCUUGUUACGUCAAGCGAGCUGUCUGCGGGCUUUGUACCUUACGAUUGCGCUGCUUGAUUUGGAUGAGUGCUGCUACAUUGGUUGUCCCUUACGCCCUUAUUGGUGCGACGGCGCUGUGAUUGGAUCUGUGAUAUUAAGUGUAUUAAAUAUUUAUUUGUCUGUUGAGUACUUACUAUUUCAAGUGACUUGGAUAUAAACAAGUCUUCCUGUACAGAGUAUUAAUUAGUAUCGACUUUAUGGCUUUGGGAGUAUAUAAAUGUUGUUGUAAAAAGACUUUAUGUUGAUGUAAUUUUAAAUACUGUCGUGGAAACGUAAUUUUUAGCGAAAAACUUUUUAAAAUCCUGAACCAUAUUUUCGAAAUACCUUGUAAGUAUAUUUU